UCUAAGCUUGAAGCUGAAGAAUAUUCAUCAGGGGGCUCCUUUGGAUGGUGAGUGCUUUUUCUUGUACUUUAUUACUUAUAUUUACAGUCUCGAUUAUGUUUUUUUGCGGAGAAUUUGGGAUUACAAAUCUACUCAGGACUUUCCUGUCUGUUGAGUGAGAAUUCUUAACAGGGGGGGUUCAGAGAUUGAAAGGAAUCUUGUUCUUCAGGCUUAAAUCAAUCACUGCAAGUGGAAAGUGGGGACAAAGUGCACCGCAAGUCUCUCUCUCUCUCUCAUAGUAGCUUCAAGAUGACUUGAUAAAGUGGGGGCAAAAGUCUAGCUGUCUCUAGCAGUUCAUAUCCAUACAAUGUUUGUUGUAAAAACAGUUCAUAUCCAAAAAGAGAUUGUUAUAAAACCACGGAAUGGUAGCAACAUAUUCGCAUCUUUCUGAGUCCAAAGGAAAAUGGUACUAGCAAGAUGUAUAUGGGUUCUCUUCAUUCUCUGGAUGGCCAUUCUCAGCGGGAGAGUCGCUGGGGAGAAUCCUGGCAUUGCCCAAACUCAAAGCAAUAGAACUUACACCGACGUUGCAGUUAAUAACAAGUAUAGCGGAGGAGGUGGAGGUGGAGGUGGUUAUGGAUGGGGAUGGGGAUGGGGAGGUGGCAGCGGCAGCGGCGGUGGUGGAGGGGGAGGUGGAGGUGGCGGCGGAGGUGGAGGAAGUGGGUGGAGAAGGGGAGGAGGAGGCAGUGAUACGUGGGCAUGGGGAUGCCGGAGACCAAGACAAUACACCGGUGGAGGGAGAGGCGGCAGCGGGAGGAAUCGUCACCAUAUAGACAAGAAGAGAUUGUUCAACAGUGGAGAUUAUAAGAUUGGGGAGUUUGCACAGUGUAUGGUUAGAGGGAGGUGCAGAGGCAUGAGAUUAGAUUGCCCACUUCAUUGUGGUGGACCUUGUUUCUAUGACUGCACGUAUAUGUGCAAGGCGCAUUGUCGCCGUCCCUAAUUGCCUGGAAAAAUUUAGUACGACUGGCAAGCUAGCCCGGACGUCCGGGUUUUAAAAUAAAAUAAAAAAUUCUGGGCUUGGGUACUUGCUACAUCUUUCUUUUCGAGUUUUUGUGUGGAGUCGGAUGAGUUAUUUAUCGUUCUUUUGCUUUGGAAGAUUGUACCUUUAGUUAUGCUCGAUGUAUUUUUUUGUUUCUUUGAGCCUUGUGCUUUGAGUUAUAAUGAACUAUGGGAUGUAAUGACUCUUUUAUCUAUGAAGUUCUUCUUUAUUAUCAAAAA